ACGUAAAGAAGAGACAGAAAACACUGACAGACUCUGAAACAGAUUUAUAUUUCCUCAGAAAGAGCUAAUCUUGCUUUCAUUAAGAAAUUCUCACAUUAUUUUGUAUAAGAUAUGAUUUCACAUUCAGCUACAUUAAACUCUGCUAAACUGAGGACAGAAAUGAGACGGGCAUGAAGAGGGACUAUGAGUGAAGAUGAAGAUAAAGGAGAGAAAAGAACGAUGAAGGAGAGAGGAUCUAAGACUGAAACACAACAGACUUUAUUCUCUGCUCUGCUUUACUCAACGCUCAUCAUAGUUUGUGGUUAUUUUGGGUGUGCGGUGAUUGUUUGCUGGCGCGUGUCCUACUUGUGUAAAUCGCUCAGUGCGCUCAGUAAUCCAGCAGACGGACACUGACGGGCGCUGAUGCUGAUUCCACACACAGAUGUUCUGCAUCUGCUGCGUCACAGACAUACAGCUGGAUCUGCUGCUGCUCUCGGCUUCAGCCUCAUUCCACUACAGACGCAGAGAUGAACCAGACCGCAGGAGUGUCCAACCACUGCCACAGGCGCUCGUCCAUCGACGUCAAGGAUGUGGGGAGUGUUUCCAGCGAGAUGAACUGGAAGGGUGUGGGAAUCUCACUUCUCGUCAUCUCCUUUAUGCUGUCACUGAUCGUUCUGUCCAUCUUCCUGCUGUCUAAAGCGGAGGCCCAGAGCUCUGCUGGCUCCUGCCUGACCCUGGAUCAGCUGUUGUCCGUGGAGCUGCUGGAUCUCCAUCUGGACCCACAGUGGGUUUCUGAUCAUCGACUCGUCUACAGAGACAGAUAUGGAGAUGUGAAGAUGCUGAAUAUGGAGUCCAGUCAGGCUGAGAUUUUAGUGAAGAAUUCCACAUUUACGCAGUUCAAGGCCUCCCGGUUUGCCGUUUCUCCAGACCUCACACACAUGCUGCUGGCAUAUGAUGUCAGAAAGGUGUAUCGAUUCUCCUUCCUGGCAUCUUAUUUGAUCUACAACUUGCAGACAAGGUACAGUGUGUUUCAGAUCAGACACGCCAUGCACAUCAGAAAGUGAUGAUAAUGUGUGUGUGUGUGUGUGUGUG